UCCAAUAAAACCCAAAUUAUUUCCGAUAAUUUUUGAUUCACUUUACUAACAGUUCCUCAUUGUUGCAAUAUUAUAAUAUAGGACUCACUCAGUAAUGGAAUACGGAACAUUUUCACCUGUGUUGCACAUUUGAUGGGUUCUGUGGUAGAAAUAAUUACCAGAUUUAAAUAUUGUCCCUGAAUACAUCCACCCCACCGCCUCCUUGGAAUCACAUGAGGCUGAUUAACCAGCAUAUCUCUCCUCAAAACAAAGCAUUUCUUUUACCUAAAUGACUUGAGCGUGACCGUGCUGCCCAUGUUGCCGGGUGGACAGGAUUUCUCUGGUUAACUCUGGAAAACAAAGUUUCCGCCUCUUCGCUCAACAAACCGGAUAGAAAAACCUCUUUACCACAACAACGGCUGAUUUUACCAUGUCAUCACCACAGCAAAUGGAUGAAAUGAGAAUAAAAAGAGGAAUUGUGAUCAAAGAUGACUGGCCUGGCUACAACCUGGAUCUGUUCACCUACCCUGAACAUUACCACGACGACAUUGAGAACGUCUACAUUCCCCACGGAGUCAUCAUGAACCGGAUAGAGCGCCUGGCCCGGUACGUCAUGGAGGACUUUGAGGACAGUAAGAUCAUGGUGCUGUGCGUUCUGAAGGGAGGAUACAAGUUCUGUGCAGAUCUGGUGGAAUACAUCAAGGUUCUGGGAUGCAGCUCCAACCGGUACCUGGAGACCCGGGUGGAGUUUAUCCGCCUGAAGAGCUACCUGAACGACCAAUCAACAGAGGACCUUCACAUCAUUGGAAGCAGUGAUCUGUCUUUUCUACGUGGAAAGAGUGUGCUCGUUGUUGAGGCCAUCGUCGACACAGGAAAGACCAUGAAGGCUCUUCUGAAGCAUGUGGAGACCUUUGAGCCCAAGAUGGUCAAGGUCGCGGGUCUGCUGGUGAAGAGGCUCUCUAACAUGACUGAAAGUCUGACAGACUAUGUUGGAUUUGAAAUCCCCAAUCGAUUCGUGGUCGGCUACGCCUUGGACUACAACGAGUACUUCCGUGACCUGAACCACAUCUGUGUCAUCAGCAAAACGGGAAAGAUGAAGUACAAGAUUUAGAGAAUUAAAUCCAUUAAUUAUGCACUAUUAUAAAUAUACUAGCCGUUUGCAGCACUGUGGCUGUGUUUAACUGUAAUUAUUAAUUUUUUUUUUUUAUUUUUUUACAUAUUUCCAUGUGGUUCAGAUAAAUUGUAUUUGUAAUUGACUUCCUUUUUGCUUUUUUUGUCACGAGUCCUGCCACAAUAAAAAACAAAUUGCUGUCCCUGAAGUUCUUGCGAUAAACGCUAAUAUUGUUUGAAGAUCAUUUUAAUUUUUAUAUGGUAAUGUCAUAAUAAUGAAAGAACUCAUUCUGAAAGAUCAAUACAUAUUUUACUCUGUCACUGGAAGAUAUUUUAAAUAUUCAAAUUAAUAAACCAAACAGAAGUAACAAAUAAAACAAAUCAUGAAGUCUCUGUAAACAAAAUUAUCCUUAAUAAAAUAAGGUCUAGUUAAAACCAAAGCACCGACUGAAGACUUUUUUGUCUAAUUUUUUAUAUAAAAAGAGAAAAAAUAAAUUAUGCAAAUUAUUGAGCUUGUUUUAAGUUAUUAUGCGAUUGUUUUAUUGAUUUAUUUAUUGCGACAGGCCUUUGUCACACAGUAAAUGUUUCAGAUUCUCAAACAAAUAUUAUUAACCCCUUCAGACCUGAUUUUCAUCUACAUUUAUAUCCAGUUAACUCUUAUUCCCUUUUAACAAAGUCUGAGAGAUUAUACUCAGAUAAAGAUAAAUGAAAUCUCAAAUAAGUUAUAAAAUACUUACAGAUACUUUUUUUACUCUGCAUGGUAACACUAUAUAAUAAAAUAACUCCUGAUGUCCAUUGAGAUGGACAACUUUGAAAAAAAUCCUAUAAUUUAAUGACUUCAAAUAUAGAUUUUUGCUACUUAUAUGAAUUAUUGUCAUUCUUUGUCCUUAAAAAUUUCCAUUUAAUUUUAUAUUUGGGUCUUAUGAUGUAAUUUUUACAUACUUUUUUUACUCUAAAGUAAUUCUUAGAUUGAUACUUUUUACUUUUACCAGACUAAUACUAUGUUGUAGUAGUGCUACUCUUAUUUGAAUAUAAUUUUUGGAUACUCUGCCCACCUAGAAUACAAAAUGAUGCUAAAAUUGGAUUGCUAAUUCUUUGUUGAGAUGAACAGAGGGGCUGAAAAGAUGAAGAAAGAAAAGCUGUUCACUACAAGAGGACAUAGGUGACAGAUGGAGGGAGCUUAUGGACCUUGGCAUCCUCGCUGUUGGAUGAUUCCCACUCUGACUCAUGGAAAACACAGUGGGCGUUGUCCUCAAACUGCCGUCUUUACACCACUUUAUUCAAACUCUAACUCAACUAUUAGCUGCCUUUUCCUGGAGCUUGGAAUGAAUAACUGACAGAUUUAACUGCAAACAAAUUAAAGCCAUCAAUUUUAUGUCAUUUAUGUCAACUUGUUUCUGCAGAGUAAUAAUUAAAGAGUUUGACACAA